AUGCUGCAUCUGCAAGGAUACGGUAGCAGUGGAAGUGAUGUAGAAUCGGAAGAUAGUGGAACACCCAGCACGGCGAAGGCCACAACGGAAACGCUAGCAUCGGAGGAAACGACGGCACAUCUGAAGCCCGUGGAUAGUGAAUAUUCCGUCGGGAAAACGCUUGCAAUCUGCGCCGCACCGCUCGUGGUUCCCAUGGGUCAAGCCGAAGUGCCACGGGCAUUGGAAGCUACGGUGAAAGAGAUCAACUACAAUCCGCGCUACGAGGAGCUUUUUGCGCCGGUAGCCGGUCCGGAAAAUCCAUUUCUGACCCAACAGAUGCGGGCACAAAAAAAUAUGCUCACCGGUUUCGUGGAAAACGCUCACAUCAGCGACUUCCAGUUCGAUAAUCAGCGCAAAACGUUCCACAGCUACGGUUACGCGUUGGAUCCUUCGGUGGACGGUAAGGGAACGGCCCCGGAUGAAGGACCAAGUUACGUUGGCCAUUUGCAAGCGGCCUACGACACUGAAGGGGCGACCGUGUUCGAAUCAGCGAAACCGAAACCGGGCGGAUCCGAGAAGCGUAAGCGUGUGCGAAACGAUGCACCGGAGGACGUGGAAGGGUUCCUUGGGCCGUGGGGCAAGUACGAGGACGAACAGACGGUAGCACGGCCAAGCGAAAAGGAGCGUGCAGAGAUUGAGGAAAUGAUGGCCAAAAAGCAUCGCCGCCAUAAGGUUAAGGAAGAUAAGCCGAUCGAAGAGAAGUCGAUUCUCCACAUCAAAGACGCUUUCGAUUAUCAGGGCCGAUCGUUUCUUCAUCCACCGCACGAUGCCGGAGUUAACCUGCGGAAGGCGGGCGCUCCCGAUCGGUGCUUUCUGCCAAAAGCUCAUAUUCACACGUGGACUGGCCACACGAAGGGCAUUUCGGCGAUUCGGUUCUUCCCCGUCUCGGCCCAUUUACUGCUGUCUUGCAGCAUGGAUGCUCGUGUAAAGCUGUGGGAAGUUUAUAAUGAACGGCGCUGCGUUCGAACGUACUCUGGCCACCGGCAGGCCGUUCGUGACGUGAGCUUCAACAAUAAGGGCGAGAAGUUUAUCUCUGCCGGUUACGAUCGCUACCUGAAGCUGUGGGAUACGGAAACGGGCGACGUGAUAUCGCGAUUCAACUCCCGCAAGAUUCCGUUCUGCGUCAAGUUUCACCCGGACUACAACAAACAACAUCUGUUCGUGGCCGGUACUUCUGAUAAAAAAAUUAUUUGUUGGGAUACGCGCAGCGGUGAAGUCGUGCAGGAGUACGACCGGCAUCUCGGGGCGGUCAACACAAUCACGUUCGUCGAUGAAAACCGGCGUUUCGUGACGACCUCCGAUGACAAGAGUUUGCGCGUUUGGGAAUGGGACAUUCCGGUGGACAUGAAGUAUAUUGCCGAUCCGACGAUGCACUCGAUGCCCGCAGUGACCCUUGCUCCGAACGGCAAGUGGUUAGCUUGCCAGAGUCUCGACAAUAAGAUCGUCAUCUUUUCCGCCAUCAAUCGGUUCAAGAUGAACCGAAAAAAAACAUUUACCGGCCAUAUGGUGUCGGGAUACGCGUGCAACCUGGACUUUUCGCCCGAUAUGAGCUACUUGGUGUCGGGUGAUGGCGAUGGCAAGUGUUACAUCUGGGACUGGAAGACAACCAAACUGUACAAAAAGUGGCAGGCGCACGAUAACGUUUGCAUAUCGACGCUCUGGCAUCCGCACGAGGCCAGUAAGUUGGUGACUGCUGGAUGGGACGGUUUAAUAAAGUAUUGGGACUAG